CAUCACGUCGCCGGCAGCAAGUUAGAUGGAACGCUAGGUUACAGCUGCAGUCAGAGGGAGAAAGAGCCAGGCAGAAAAAAUAGUACAAAGACAGCCGAGUGAAUUAGGGAGGGGUUUUAACCGUUUUAAUUUGGGUAAGAACACGGGUUUGCCCCCCUCAGAAAUCGCUUUAAUUUUUUUUACCGUCUGAGGUGCGAAUGGGCAUUUGAAGUCUGGAAAAAAUAAGCCGAGAAUUAAAAAAGGAAAAAAAUUACCUCAGGAUUGAAUUGAACUGAAGGAUCCGCCAUGGCAGGAACCACCACCACCACCAUCAUCAUCAUCACCAUCCUGCAUUGAGCUCAGUCAAGAUACAUGUAGAGCUCUCAGAUCAUUCAGAUUUAUUUCUGGCGAUUCGUUUCCUAAAAGGAAAAGGAAUUAAAAAUUGUUUUUUUACAGAACUAAUUUGUCCGGGAGGAAUUUACGCGAUGAAACCCGGUGGACAGGAUUAAAAUUAAGAAAGAGGGGGAAGAAAAUAAAGGAACGUAGAAGUGUCUUUUUAAAAAAUAUAUAUGUUUGAAAAAUUAGAUGUCGCUUUAAAGUAAUCAUGAGUGGUCGACCCAGGACAACGUCUUUUGCUGAGAGCUGCAAACCUGUGCAGCAGCCGUCUGCUUUUGGAAGCAUGAAAGUCAGCAGGGACAAAGAUGGCAGUAAGGUGACAACAGUGGUGGCAACACCGGGACAAGGCCCGGACAGGCCGCAGGAAGUCAGCUACACUGACACCAAGGUGAUUGGUAAUGGUUCCUUUGGCGUGGUUUAUCAGGCGAAACUAUGUGACACAGGAGAGUUGGUGGCCAUCAAAAAGGUUUUGCAAGACAAGAGAUUUAAGAAUCGUGAACUGCAAAUAAUGCGAAAACUGGAUCAUUGUAAUAUCGUCCGAUUACGAUACUUCUUUUACUCGAGUGGAGAAAAGAAAGAUGAAGUGUACCUCAACUUGGUGCUAGACUAUGUUCCGGAAACUGUGUACAGAGUUGCCAGACAUUACAGCCGAGCCAAGCAGACACUCCCGAUGAUUUAUGUAAAAUUAUAUAUGUAUCAGCUGUUCCGGAGUUUAGCAUACAUCCAUUCCUUUGGAAUUUGCCACCGGGAUAUCAAACCACAGAAUCUGCUGCUUGAUCCUGACACAGCUGUGCUAAAACUUUGUGACUUUGGAAGUGCAAAACAAUUGGUGCGUGGUGAACCAAAUGUUUCUUAUAUCUGCUCACGGUACUACAGAGCACCGGAGUUGAUCUUUGGUGCCACCGAUUAUACCUCCAGCAUAGAUGUAUGGUCGGCUGGCUGCGUAUUAGCAGAGCUAUUGCUAGGACAGCCCAUCUUCCCCGGUGACAGUGGUGUUGAUCAGCUGGUAGAAAUUAUAAAGGUCCUGGGAACACCAACAAGGGAGCAAAUCAGAGAGAUGAAUCCCAACUACACUGAAUUCAAAUUCCCACAGAUCAAGGCACAUCCUUGGACUAAGGUCUUCCGACCCCGCACUCCACCGGAAGCUAUUGCGCUCUGUAGCCGACUGCUGGAAUAUACGCCCACCGCCCGUUUGACACCUCUAGAGGCAUGUGCACAUACAUUCUUUGAUGAACUACGGGACCCAAAUGUCAAGUUACCAAAUGGGCGUGAGAAACCAUUACUGUUCAAUUUCACUACUCAAGAACUGUCGAGCAACCCCGCACUGGCAACAAUCCUUAUCCCCCCUCACAUUCGGAACCAGCCUCCUGCUUCAACUACAACGAAUGCUUCCGCAGUGUCAGAUACAAAUGCUGCUGUGGACCGUGGGCAGUCAACCAAUGCAGCUUCAGCCUCUGCAUCCAACUCAACCUGAGACAGGGCAAGCCCGCCCACCUCAGAUGUCCAGUCAGCUGCAACCAUGCUGGUCAACCACCAAGAAUACAACAACGUCAUUAGUGUUCAUUUUAUUUAAUCUUGUUUUAAACAAAAAAACACGUACAAAUUAAAUACAAACCAAUCAUUUACUCACUGAAGAGGGAUUGAAAAAGGAAUGUGGGGCAAGGUUAACUCUUCCCUUGACAAUCUUUUAUUGAAGUCUGCCAUUGCGUUCAAAUCUCCCGCGCUCGGGCAAACACUUGAAACACUGAGGUGUGUUUCACUCUGGUGUAGACUUUGGAUUUGGCAAAAAAUCGAUUGGCGUCAGAUUCCCUCCAAAGAAUCUGAGUGAGAAGUGGUCGUAUUUUGGUAUGGGUGGUAAGCUUUAUCCGUACCAGCACAAAUGGACAAUACAGAUCCACUCUGGCAAUCACUGUUAUACAAAAAGCAAAGACUGCAGUCACCAUAAUAUCCCCCCUGGUGAGGAGAGGUUUGACCUUUUUUGUCACUUGAUUAUUUAACUGUUCAGGACUAAUUGUGAUCCAAUUCUGUACUAGUCCCAUUUAUUUAAAUCGAGUCAUUGCAAAAUCAGUGUAUUGUGUACACCCCAGUUAAAUGUAUAGAACAAAUCCAUAGUAGGUUUCUGAACUACACCAACUGAAAUACAAUCUUGAGUUCUCGAAGGAGUGUAAAAAUUAUCCCACUGAUUUCAGACUUCUUCCCUCUUCUUCCCUGCC